UUUGACAGUUGUCACAUUUACAUGAUGCAAAACAUGUCAUAAGUGAGAAUCUAUUUCCUCCAGUUUGUGUUCCAGGCGUGUAAAUUAAAUACAAUUCUUUUUAAAUAUAAAAUGUCCAAAGUACGUCAAAUUAUAAACACAUCCUACUGCAGAUAUUACAGUAUUCAGAGAGCCAAGAAGAAAUUGCCAAUCAUAACCUGCAAAAGGCCGGAAUUUAACCACUACGAGGGUCAAACUUACAGCAAAUUUGAGGGAAUAAAGCUAGCUUCGCAGGGCUGGAACCAUCCAAAAUCAAAGCAAGAUUACUUUAUAAUCCACGGCAAUGCAAAUAAAAGUAUAGAACCGUCUAUUUAUAGGAAGAGUUACGAUGAAAUUGGAUUAAAUCCGAAACUAAUACAGAUUAUGUUGGAAUCUGGCUUUACUUUACCGACAGCUAUACAGGCAAAGGCAAUACCGUCAAUAUUGAAUGGCAAUAAUACCGUAAUCACAGCAGAAACUGGAUGUGGUAAAACGCUUGCGUAUCUUCUGCCGAUUUUUCAACAUAUUUUGGAGUGGAAACCGAGUGUGAAAGAGGAUUUCAACAGCCCGCUUGCGGUUAUUAUAACGCCUAGUAGAGAGUUAGCAACCCAAAUUGGUGAAGUAGCCGAAAACCUAGCACAGACUCUGAAUUUAAAUGUGACAACCCUAAUUGGUGGUAAAACCAAACAGAAGAUGAUCAACCCUCCGAUAGAGUACUGCGAUGUGCUUGUGACAACCCUGGGAGCGUACAGCAAGCUUGUCACAACUGGCAUAUACAAGAUACAAAAUGUUCAUCACAUGGUACUUGAUGAGGCUGAUACACUGUUGGACGAUAGUUUUAUCAAUAAAGUGUCAAAUCUGUUGAAGAAGUUUUCUAUACAAUACAAAGUAGAUAUUCAAGUGCCUCCAGUAGGAUGUCAGCUUACACUGGUCAGUGCCACGAUGCCUCAUGAAUUACCAGAAACAGUUAACUCUUUUGUAGCCCCUGAGUCUUUGAAGACUGUCACCACAUCCAAUAUACACAGAUUAUUGCCUCAUAUACCACAUAAGUUCAUCCGUCUAGGUAAAGCUCAGAAACCGUCAGAACUGCUCAAGAUAGUUCAAGCAGAUGUCAAUUUGAAACGUCCAGUGAUGAUAUUCAGUAACAAGACAGCCACAUGUGACUUUGUGUCGAUGUUUUUGAAUGAGAAUAAUGUUGAAUGUAUCAAUAUUAAUGGACAGAUGGCUGUGGCAUUGAAGAUUGGAAAAUUUGAACAGUUCAAGAGUGGGAAAGUCAAUGUUCUGUCUUGCACUGAUAUAGCUGCUAGAGGAUUAGAUACUAUAAGGACACAACAUGUAAUAAACUACGACUUUCCACUAUACACGGCAGACUACAUACAUAGAUGUGGUAGAACUGGGCGCAUCGGAUCUCCUGAAGACUGUUCUGUUACUAACUUCGUUGCUUGGCCGCGUGAAAUCCAAAUGGUGCAGAAAAUAGAGAGCGUCUGUGAGGAAGAAUGGGGAGUUGCCAAGUGUUAAUGCUAAUAUUCGUAAGAUUAUUGAAGAUAGGAUUGUGAAGAUGGGUGGCACACUCGCCAGGAGCAGUGCUUAAGUAGACCUGGCUUUGUAGGAAUUAUUCUAUUUUAUAGAAUUUUGUCUUGGUCAUUAAAUGUGUAAAAAUAACUUGUCAGGAAUGAGUGUCCUAAAACAUUUACUGUGAACAUCUUUUAGUAAGUUUUAUAGCCAUAUAAUAAAUAGUGUAUGAUAUAGAAA